UGAAAAGAUGUUGUCCGGGUCUUGCAAGCAUUGUAACAAAUUAGUAAUUCUGGGGUGAUAACAGUGUCGAAGAUCAAUCACUGGAGUCAGUGUCCUCAAAAAUUGGUUUACUGGCCGAAAUUGUUGUGAUAAGGGUUCGAAAGCGUCUUUUGCGCGCCGCGUCCCAUUCAUCUGCUCACAAGUGUACAACACAUGUUUUCUUUAACUCAGAUUACCACGAGUAAGCUGAGCUUGAGCGCAUUUCGCUUCGGUUUUAAUUUGUAGCAGGAAUCUCGUUGUGUAGGGAGGUAGGAGGAGGACGCCCCAGGCGAAAGAGAAGACAGACGGCCAACUUCCCGACUGGGUGACCCGUUCGUCUGUCUGUAGCCAUGUCGCGGCCCAGAGUGGCAAUGUGGACUCCUCUCGCCCUGAUUUUUCUCCAAAUAGUACAAAAUAAUUUCCACGUAUUUGGGCAAUAUCCGGGCGCAAGGAUACGAGGAAAUCCAACCGGAGGUUACGUGCCAGUAAAAUUGCACCCAUGUGAGCAAAGUUCGUGUUAUCCAGCAACAGGAAACCUGUUAAUAGGUAGAGAACCCCAGUUGUAUGCUUCGUCGACUUGUGGUCUCCACGGACAGCAGAGAUACUGUAUAGUGUCGCAUUUGGAAGAAAGGAAGAAGUGUUUCAGAUGUGAUUCGAGACCCACGAACAAACCAAAUCCCUUAUUUAACCAUAAUAUUAGUAACAUCGUUUACCGCAUGUACCCAGGAACUCGACAAAAAUCAUGGUGGCAGUCGGAAAACGGCAAAGAAAACGUGUACAUCCAACUGGACUUGGAAGCCGAGUUUCAUUUCACUCAUCUGAUUAUCACGUUCAAGACAUUCAGGCCUGCCGCUAUGUUAAUCGAACGAUCUUACGAUUUUAAGCAAACUUGGCACGUUUAUAGAUAUUUUGCGUAUAACUGUGCUGAGAGUUUUCCUCAUGUAAGAGAACGUUACCCUCAUAAUUUAACAGACGUCGUUUGCGAAUCUCGCUACUCCGGACUUGAUCCGUCAACUGACGGAGAAAUCAUCUACAGAGUGUUACCGCCGACGCUCCAUAUCGACAACCCGUACUCAGAACAAGUCCAAAAUUUGCUCAAAAUGACCAACUUGAGGAUAAAUUUCACGAAAUUACACACUCUCGGUGAUGACCUUCUCGACAAGCGGGAGGACAUUCAAGAGAAGUAUUAUUAUGCCAUCACUGACAUGGUAGUCCGAGGAUCGUGUUCAUGCUACGGUCACGCCAAUAGGUGUCUGCCACUACCAGGAAUCGAACCUAAACCAGACAUGGUCCACGGGCGGUGCGAAUGCACCCACAACACCAAAGGCCGGAACUGCGAAAAGUGCGAAGACUUUUUCAACGACUUACCUUGGAGACCAGCCAUAGGAAAACAAACCAAUGCUUGUAAAAAGUGCAACUGCAAUAACCACGCAACUAGUUGUCACUUCGACGCAGCUCUUUAUGAGAUAACCGGACGCAUCAGUGGCGGGGUUUGCGAUGGCUGCCAACACAACACCAUGGGUCCCAACUGCGAACAGUGCAAACCCUUUUUCUACAAAGAUCCAGAUCGGGAUAUCCAAGAUCCAGAAGUGUGUCGACCUUGUGACUGCGAUCCUGACGGUUCUUUGGACAACGGGAUUUGUGACUCAAACACUAAUGCAGAAAACGGGCUGGUUGCGGGUAGUUGCUACUGUAAAGCUAACGUGGAAGGACGCAGAUGCGAUAUUUGCAAAAACGGGUACUGGAAUUUCACGGAGAGCAACCCAGAGGGUUGCCAGGAGUGCACUUGUAACAUUUUUGGAACAGUCGACAAUCAAGGUUGUAAUGUAUACAACGGAGAAUGCACGUGUAAGCGGUACGUCACCGGACGUGACUGCAAUCAGUGUCUUCCUGAGUACUGGGGACUUUCUGAAAAACGCGACGGUUGCCAACCUUGUGAUUGCGAUCCUGGCGGUUCCUACGACAAUAACUGUGAUGUUAUUAGUGGCCAGUGCCCCUGUAGAGAACAGAUGAUUGGAAGAACUUGCAGUAUCCCAAAACAAACACAUUACACUGCAAGCUUAGACUUCUUGUUGUACGAAGCGGAAUCUGCAAGGUCUUCACCCAAUUGCCAAGUCGUCAUCCGAGAACCCCCAAGAGAUGGUUCCGAAGUUACCUGGACCGGAAUCGGUUUUAUGAAAGCCUUUGAACGGUCCUUCAUCGAAUUUACCGUUGAUAAUAUACAAACUGGAAUGGAUUACGAGAUUGUUGUCAGAUAUGAACCCACGUUGCCGAGUAACUGGGAAGAAGUGGAAGUAACGUUGGAACGUCCUGGUCCUGUCGAUCCGAAUGGUCCGUGUCGUGAUGCAAGAGACGACGUGCGAAGAGUAGCUUUACCUUCUAAUAGCCGAAGUGUGACGGUGUAUCCACCGAUUUGUUUAGAAGCCGGAAGAACUUACAAGAUCCGUUUGACGUUUAGGCGGUCGAAUUACGAACGAGAUACGCCGUCGGCCUCAGUCCUGAUUGAUUCGGUCGUGCUGCUGCCAAGAAUUGAAAAAAUUCCGUGGUUCUAUGGCUCCGUUCCCGCUGAAGCCCGACGCGUUGACUUCGAACGCAAUCAUUGCGGGUCGUACUCACCUUAUCUAAUCCACACUGGUCAAAUUCCGGAAGUUUGUAAAAAAUAUUACAGCAGUAUUGGAGCGUACAUCUUCAACGGAGCUUUCUCUUGUCAGUGCGACGUUACGGGUUCCGUGAGUAAAAUCUGUGACGAAUAUGGGGGUCACUGCAAAUGCAAGAUCAACGUCGUGGGUCGCCGUUGCGACCAGUGUGCCCCGGGUACCUACGGUUUCGGGCCCGAAGGUUGCAAAGCUUGUGAUUGUAACAGUAUUGGGGCUCUUGACAACUUCUGCAACGCAACCACAGGCCAUUGUAAAUGUCGCGCGAACACCUACGGCCGUGAAUGUGACCAGUGUAGAACGGGCUUCUGGAAUUUCCCUAACUGUCAACGUUGUGACUGCAACGGCCAUGCCGACAUUUGCGAUUCUAAGACCGGCGCUUGUCUCAACUGCAAAGACAAUACUGAAGCACAUAAUUGCGACCAGUGUAUCGAAGGGUACUACGGAGAUCCGCGCUUAAACGUGGAUAUUCCAUGCCGACCUUGUCCCUGUCCGGGUAUUCCAGGGUCCAAUCACUCCUACGCCGAACGGUGUAGCUUAGAGGUGCACACCAAAGAUGUCAUCUGCGAGUGCAAGGAAGGAUACGCAGGCUCGCGAUGUGAUGUCUGCGCGGAUAACUAUUUCGGAAAUCCAGAAGAACCAGGCGGCUCGUGUCAGCCGUGUGAGUGUAAUGACAAGAUUGAUGUAUUGAAACCUGGAAAUUGCGAUCCUCACACAGGAAAGUGUAAGCAAUGUUUGUAUGACACCACGGGCGAUCAUUGCGAGAUGUGCAGACCCGGGUACUUCCGAUACCGAGAGGACCAAAUGUGCGAAGAGUGCGUUUGCAAUCCGUUGGGUACUAAUAGCUCGGCUGGCCCUUGCGAUCCAUCUUCAGGUCAAUGCGUUUGUCUUCCUAACGUCACGGGUCUAGAAUGCGACGGUUGUAUUCCAAAUCACUGGAAGAUAGCUAGCGGUGUAGGCUGUGAAGCUUGUGAUUGUGAUCCGCAAGGGUCAUUCCGUUCACAGUGUAAUUUGUUCGAUGGACAAUGCGAUUGUAAACCUGGAUUCGGCGGAAGACAAUGUAACGAAUGCAUGGCUCGGUUCUUUGGAGAUCCUAAAGUGGAAUGCCGGGAGUGUAAGUGUGACGCAAGAGGCUCCCGAUCUUUGCAGUGUGACAUGAAGACGGGGGCUUGCAGAUGUCUACCGGGAAUAGGAGGGUACAACUGUGAUAGAUGCGACAGGGGUUACUUAGGGCAGGCACCCGAGUGCACACCUUGUGGAGAGUGUUUCGACAACUGGGACCGCAUUUUACAGGAAACACGGAAUCAAACUUUAGACAUGAUCACCCGGGCUGGUGACAUCAAAAAAGUCGGUGCGACUGGGGCCUAUACAAAAGAAUUUGAUGAUAUGCAAUUCCAGCUUGACGAAAUCAAACAACUAUUGAGUAACACUCACGAAAUUAAUGUAGAUGCGAUUGACCAAGAGCUCGAGAAUUUACGCGCGGAAGUGAACAAAACUGAUCAUGAAGGUGUCAAGAAGUUAGAUCAGUCUAUAGCCAACACCAAAGAGAAUAUGUUGUUAACAGAACUCAAGCUCAAGAACCUGAAACAAAGAAUCGAAGACCUAAAAAACAAAACAAAGGAGCUGGAAGUGAACGGUACACAACUUCAAGAAGCUAACGUUCAGGGGGCUUUAACGCUAAUACAAGAUGCGAAGGUUAAGGCCGACUUGGCAGCUCAUAAGGCGGAACGAACGGAGGAGACGAUCAGUGAUGCUGAACGUCAGAUUAAAGCCACGGAAAAUGCAAUCAAUGAAACGUUAAAUAACUUUAAAGAGCAACGACAAAACAAUGAGAAAAAGUUGGACGAGUUAAAUGAGAAGUUGGAUAGUCUUAAAAAAGACUUGCCGGAUUUGAAUGGGUUAAUUUGUGACGGUAGAGGUGACCCGUGCGAUUCGAUCUGCGGGGGUGCUGGUUGUGGUACCUGUGGUGAUUCGAUUUCUUGCGAAAACGGAGCCAAACAACAAGCCAAAACUGCGCUGACUUUGGCAAAUCGUACAGAAGCUGCUUUGAGAGAGAAGGAGGCAAUGGCUAACGACUUUAUCCGAAACGUGUCACAAAUUAAUUCUACAGAAACUAGAAACAUAGCCCAGGAUGCUUUCAGUAAAGCGCAAUCUAACUUAAUCCGGUCGAACAAUACGUUGAAUAGCGCCCGUAAUUUGGAAAAAGAAAUUCGGGAGUUCAUGGCACAGAAUAACACAAAACCUGAAGAUAUAAAGAACUUGACGAAACAGAUUCUUGCGAUGAAGAUUGAUCUAGAGCCUGAGAAGAUUACAGAAAUGGCGAAUAAAAUAAAAGAAGCUGUGCAUCAUUUAACAAACAUAGACCCAAUUAUUGAAGAAACAAAGGAUGACUUAGCUCUAGUUAACGAACUAAGAGAGAACGCCGAAAAUGCAAAGUUAAACGCCACCAGAAUUUUAACGGGUGCUGAAGAUGUGAAUACGGCUCUUGAAAGUACGAAUGUUGCGCAAGAGAACGCGCAAACGGCCAUUAAUAAAGCUUUAGAAGAUAUUGGAAUUGUUAAAAAGCGCUUAGAAGAGAUUGACGGACAAACUCAAUCUGCACAAGAAAAAACUAGUACCACCUCAAAUGAUAUACAGCAGUUGGGAGACCAACUUAAUCAGCUCCAAAGAAAUAUAACGAACAAUGGGCUGUAUGCUAAUCGUGUUGUUAAUGAAUCCUCCGACAUUUUAGAAAAAGCUAAAGGUACAUACGACAACUUUAACGGCCUACAAGCACAAUAUACUAAAGCACAAGUAAAUUUGUCCUCGAGUUUAAACAAAGUACAGUUGUCCAAAGACAAAGCUACCGAUUUAUUUAAGAGAGCUUGGGAUUUAGUUGCCAAAGUGACAAGCACUGAAGAAGAAAUCAAUAAGUUAGAAAACAGUUCCCAAAAUGAUAUUUUAGAGAGUUUAGAGAACAAACUGCAAGAGCUGAUAAGGCUAAUGAAUGGCUACAAUGCAAAGAUUGGAGAACGAGUCCAGUACUAUAAACAGUGUAAUUAAUGUCAUGUAAAUAUGUAGCUUUCACUGCCUUCUUUGACGUACGUAGGAUUAGGAUUACUUUUUUGUUGUAACCAGUAGUGCCAAUGAGCUUGUACAUACACGUUUAGCGUUUUAUACUUGAAACUUUUUAUGUAUAAUCUGCUAAUAAUUUUAAUAAAAUUUCAUCUUAUUUA